CAUAUUAGUCGCAGGCGCAGGAAGCUUAGUUGAGUGAGGACAGAGCUCUGAGCUAGUCGAAUUGCCCUGUCACGCUUCAUAUAAGAAAGCAUUUUACGAUUAAAAUAAACAUUGCAAUAAACAUUUGAAAAAAUGGAAUCCGAGAUCAGCAGGGAGGAUGCGUUGUCCGCGAAAGUUAUAACAAUGUUAUGCCUAUUCAGCAUAUCUAUGGUAGUUGGUUUGAUACCACUAUUAAUAUCGUUAAAGUUCGACUGGUUCACAAAGAAAACAAAUGGUGAUUUACGUACUGAUAAUCGACUAGUUAUGGGUCUGCUGGCGUUCGGAGGUGGAGUCCUGUUCUCGACUACCUUCAUGCAUUUGCUGCAUGAGGUCGAUGAUAAUAUUAGCUUAUUGCAAGGGAAUGGUGAUAUGCCGGUAAUACCGGUUUACCUCGCCGGUCUGAUUAUGUCUGGUGGUUUCUUCAUGAUGUACUUGAUCGAAGAAGUGGUGCAUUUAUACAUAAGCAGAAGAAAAAAUAAUGAGGAUACUUUAAGUAGAACCUUUAGUAUAAGACGAUGCAGUAAUGAGUCGGAAAACAAAGAGAUCGAAAGUGGAAAAGUUCUUGGCAAAAGCCUUGAAGAAAACGGUCAUAGUCAUUUCAAAGGGGACAAUUCGGAAGAUUCUGUGAUGGCGGCCCUGAGAGGUUUGCUCAUAGUUCUGGCAUUGUCCAUCCAUGAACUCUUCGAGGGCCUCGCUGUGGGUUUGGAGUCUUCAGUUGCAAACGUGUGGUACAUGUUUGUUGCGGUAUCUGCUCACAAAUACUUGAUAGCAUUCUGUAUUGGCGUGGAACUGUUGGCAGCCGGUACCAAGCGCUGGCUGUCAGUGGUGUACAUCUUCACGUUCUCGUUCGUGUCAGCUUUGGGAAUUGGCGUAGGCAUCCUCAUGGUUGGCGGCGCUGGAGCUGCUGAAGCUGGUGUAUACUCCGUGGUUUUGCAGGUAUUAAACUGUUUGAAAGUCUGAAAAUACUAUUACAAAGCGCAAUGGCGGAUGGUGAGUAGGCAACACUUCCUCAGUUUCCAUUCUUCCUCAGGUAACACAAAACUGGCAAAUCUAUUUAAAACCUUAAUGUAACUACUUUAGCAAAGAAUACACCUUUAGUAUUAGAGAGAACUUUUGUAUUUUUAUUAUCUACAUAUUAAAUUGAGUUCUAAGAAUAUGUUUGCAUUGAAAAAAGGACAGUGCUAAGUAAGUGCUAAGAAUUUCUAUGUCAUCCAUUUGAC